UCUCCAUCCCCACUUCCUCAAGUGCUCUCUUCCCUUCUUCGCUUCCGAAGAAACCCUCACCAUGUCGCUCGGCAAAGGGUAUAGCGCUCGCGUCGCCUCCAAUGCCUACCUCGUAGGCACCUUCGCAUGUAUUGGUGGAGGCCUCUUCGGUCUGGACAUUGCGUCCAUGUCCGGAGUGCUCAACAACCAGGCCUACUUCGAAGUUUUCGACCACCCCGGCUCCAAUGCCCAGGGUGCCAUUGUCGCGGCCAUGCCUGCCGGCUCGCUCAUCGGUGCCCUCACCGUGACCAAGCUCGCCGACGCGAUCGGUCGUAAGAAGACCAUUCUUCUCGCUGGUCUCGUCUGGGUUGUCGGCUCCAUCCUUCAGAGCGCCGCUCAAGAGCGCGGUAUGCUCGUCGCCGGUCGUAUCAUCAACGGUUUCUCCGUCGGUCUCUAUUCCGCCACCGUCCCCGUCUACCAGUCCGAGGUCACCCACCCGGCGCUCCGUGGUCGCUUCGUCUCCUUCCAGCAGUGGGCCAUCACCUGGGGUAUCAUGUUGCAGUACUUUGUCCAAUUCGGCUGCUCCUACAUCGCCGGCGAGGCCUCCUUCCGUAUUCCAUGGGGUCUCCAACUCGUCCCUGCCCUCGUCCUCACCCUCGGCAUGCUCUACUUCCCCGAGUCGCCCCGUUGGCUCAUCGACCGCGGCGAGGACGACCAGGCGCUCCAGAUUCUCGCUGACCUCCACGGUGGAGGCAACACCAACGACGAGCUCGUCCUGCUCGAGUGGGAGGAGAUCAAGCAGCAGGUCACCUUCGAGCGCACCGAGGGCGCCAAGUCCUACCUCGAUCUGCUCAAGCCUGGUAUCCGCCGCCGUGUCUUCCUUGGUGCCUCGAUGCAGAUGUGGUCUCAGCUUUCCGGCAUGAACGUCAUGAUGUACUACAUUAUCUACGUCUUCGAGGGCGCUGGUCUCACCGGUACCCGUGGUAACCUCAUUGCCGACUCCGUCCAGUAUGUCCUCAACGUGCUCUUCACGAUCCCCGCCAUCAUCUACAUUGACCGCUGGGGCCGUCGUCCUCUCAUCAUCAUUGGCACAUUCCUCAUGGGCUUCUUCCUCUCCCUCGUCGGUGGUCUCCAGGGCGGCUUCGGAGAGUGGGGCAAUGUCGACGGCUCGCGUGUCUGGGUCAUCAACGGCCACGAGGGUGUCACCAAGGGUGUUAUCGUCUGCUCGUACCUCUUCGUCUGCUCGUUCGCCAUCACGCUCGGCCCCGUCUCGUGGACGUACCCCGCCGAGAUCUUCCCGAUGCGCGUGCGCGGCAAGGCCGUGGCCGUCUCGACCGCGGUCAACUGGCUGUUCAACUUCGCGCUCGCGUGGGCUGUGCCGCCCGCUCUGGCUGCGAUCGGGUGGAAGACGUACUUGAUCUUCGCGGCGUUCAACUUCGCUGCGUGCAUCCAGUUCUUCUUCAUGUUCCCCGAGACGGCGCAGCGCACGCUCGAGGAGGUUGAGGAGAUCUUUGCGCAGGGCCACAUGUUCCAGGCCUGGAAGAUCGGCCGCGACGUCGGCAAGAAGAACCUCGCGCAGGUCCAGAACGAGAACGCGGAGCUCAACGAGAAGCUCGGAGAGAAGGAGGGCUCGAUCGAGAAGGAUUCCGCAUAAGCUCCCCCGCUUUUUGGACCUUUUUCGCGUCUCCGUUUCCUUCUUCUCCUCCUCUUCUUCUUCUUCUCCUUGAUCGUGGGUUCUUGCGCCGGAAGGAAGGGUUCUUUCCGCCGCUGCUGUUGUUUUCGCUUCUUACCCGACUAUCUUAGUAUCCCUCCCCCUCCAAGGCUAGGCGCAUCUUAGUGUACACGUACUUCACGGCUGUGGUGUUGUGAGAAACACUCGCUGGACGUCUAUCCCUGUCUUCUUUGCGUAUUUGCCUUGUAAGCUAUGGACGACUGUAAUUCCAUACCACUUGGAAUGAAAAUCCAAAAAACUUCAUACCCCCUCC